CACUUCCGGUUGCUGGCGAUUUCUCAUAACAUCCAGCUUGAGCAGCGACUGAAAGCUGAACGUUAGCUACGUCUUAUUGUCACUUUAUUUUAACUGCAUACGCAGAGGAAAAACAUGUCAGAUACGGAGACAAAACCAUCCAGCCAAGACGGGGGGGAUAAGAAGGAUGGAGAGUACAUCAAAUUAAAAGUGAUUGGUCAGGACAGCAGUGAAAUCCACUUUAAGGUGAAAAUGACGACACAUCUGAAGAAGCUGAAGGAGUCUUACAGCCAGAGACAGGGUGUCCCAGCCAGCACGCUAAGGUUCCUGUUUGAGGGACAAAGAAUCUCAGACAACCAAACUCCAAAAGAGCUGGGGAUGGAGGACGAGGACGUCAUCGAGGUUUAUCAAGAACAGACCGGCGGACUUUGGAAUGAUUAAACCUCCUGCAUUUCUAAAUCUUUUUUUCUUAUUUUAUAUUUUAUUUUGUAUGUAUGUGCGUAUUUUUGUUCGGUUUCAAACCAUCUGGAUCAAAACUGACUCUAUCAGGGCUUCCAUUGGAGAGGACAGGGAGAUGAACAGACUGAGGUAAGGACAAUGAAAAAGAUGGCGGGUUUCUGAAGCGCAGGGAUGCUCAUGCUGUUAACCAGAGCAAUAGAUUUCAACAUGAGUGUCACACCCAAAUUUACAUUGAAUAAUGUGUGUAUUAUGUUUGCUUUUUCUGUCUGUUUAAUUGAAUCAAAAACAUGUCAUGAUGUUGGUCAUGUCCAGAUGUGAUCUCUCCUGUUUGGCACAAAGUAGCUCUGUUCUUAAUGGUUUCAGAAUAGUGUAAUCAUGCACCUUUGAAGCAAAACUUACGGUGAAUUUGUGGAUAUCUGAACUUGAAGUGCUUGAAAAUGCUAAAGCUUUAAGAACAGAUGAUCAUGAAGCAAAUCUUGAUUAUUGGAGCCACUUGAGAACACUUGGAAUCUGCAAUUAAGAGCACACAAGUCCUUAUGACCUUAGUGUUUGGGGAGGCUGGAGCAAAGCAGUAUCAGCUGUGCAGAUAAUGUCAGAAUAUGAUUUUUGUAUGCGCUAUUUGUUCAUAAUAGUCAUGACAAAGGCAGACUUCUAGUUCCCUUGUGUAGGAUAUUGAAAAAGAAGUCUGCAUGUUUUUAAUUGGGUCAACAGAGGAGUUUAAUUCACUGAGUCAGGGGUAGAGGACAGGUAUUUGCACGCUAAGCAGGUCAUUCCACAUAUCUUAACAGCGGGAUUUCUGGGCUGUCUACAUCAAUGCGGCAGAACAUGAAUAUGAGUUUGUCAACAUUUGAUUCUUAAGAUUUGAAUCAUUUGCAAAUAACAGUCUCUGUGUGCCAUGUUUGAACAACUGCACCCUCAUCAAAUUGUAAAAUUACGAUCAGAGUUGACCUGAUGUGGUAAUAUUUGAGAACACAUUUUUUAAAUGGUAAAUGUGCUUUACUUGUAUAUGUUGUAUUCAGUAUUAGUGUGUUUGAAUGAUAUGCCAUAUGUUUCUUCUUUGUCGUCUCUAAUUGAUAUUCGAGGGAGUCAUUCUGUAAUGAUAUAUCUAAAUAUAUAUACCCUUAAUGCAAAUAUUUUGCUUGCUAACAGAGUGUUUAAACUUGGUGGAAUAUGUCCUUCUGCAGUUUGUUCAAGGGGAAAUCUUGGAAAUGGUCAUCUAUGAACAGUGACUUGUUACACGUUUGUGUCAGCGCUUGUUUUAGAAACUUUUCUUUUUCUUUUUGGAAUGAACUCUUAGUCUGUGUACUGUAAGAAGUUCCUCAAAAGAACAGCCCCAAACUGUGUCAUCUUUGUAAUUAGAAUGGGACCGUAAACAAGAAACAUAGAUGCUUGCAUGAUCAGAUGCUUCACUCCUGAAGAAUGGAAUAACCAACUACAAAUGUGGAUGUGUGACAGCGUGGUUAUUUCAUUCCUCACAAACACUCAAAACGUCAGGUUAAAUCUGCCGAGGACAAUAGUUGAGCUGCACCUCUGGGACACUAUUAGCUUUCUCUACUGCCAUAUAUGACCCCCCCCACACACACACACACACACACACAAACGCACACACACACACACACACACACACACACUCUGAGAAAAGGAUCCAAAUAAAUGAUUUAAUGAUCCUUUCCUUAAUCAAAUUUAGUAGCACUUGAGUAAUAAUUGCUAUUGUCUUUAAGUGUCACUUCCAGAGGUGUGUACAAUAAAAUAAACAUUACAAUUGUCCUUAAAGGUUAAACAUUUUCUGAAUUUGACUUUCUCAACCUGACUGUUAUAAUUUUUCCAUCAUGCGUCAGUGAACGGCAGGUGAACCCCCCCCACCCCCCAGGCAGGA